GGUACCGGGAACUCGGAGAGGGCGAAUUUGCUCCGGGACCGACACCGGGACCGGGCUGGGGGCGUCGGUGCUUCAUUUGACCGGACCGGAGCGCCCCGGGCCGGGCUGGAGGCGGCGCACGGGGCCGGUCCCGGCCCGGCGGGGGCGGCCGGUGCCGGUGCCACCGCCCCGGGCGCGGCGGGCGGGUCCCGGGGAGGGGCGGGGAGGGGAAGCGGGGUGUCCUCCCCCCCCCUCCGCCAUCCCCGGAGCUGCCCCGCCCGGCCCGGCCCGGCCCCGCCCGCCCCGCGGCCCCGCGCCAGGUGCAUUCCCGGGCACGCUCCGCCGCUACCGGCGCGCCGCGAUGGAGCCGCACCGGGAGCGGCACCGGGCGCUGCUGCUGCUGCUGCCGGUGCUGCUGCUCCGCGCCCCCGCGCCCGGCUCCGCGCAGGCAGUGUGCGCGGGGACGCUGAACGGGCUGAGCGUGACGGGGGACGCGCAGCACCAGUACCAGACCCUGCACAAGAUGUACAACAACUGCGAGAUCGUCAUGGGCAACCUGGAGAUCGUCCUCAUCGACCACACCCAGGACCUCUCCUUCCUCCAGACCAUCCGGGAGGUGACCGGCUACAUCCUGAUCGCCAUGAACGUGUUCGCGGCGCUGCCGCUGCAGAACCUGCGCGUGAUCCGCGGCACGCAGUUCUACGAGGAACGCUUCGCGCUCUUCGUGCUGCUCAACUACAACCCCAACACCACCCACGCCCUGCGCCAGCUCGGCCUCAACCAGCUCACGGAGAUCCUGGCGGGGGGGGUGUACAUCGAGAAGAACGCGCAGCUCUGCCACGUGGACACGGUGGAGUGGAGGGACAUCAUGAGGGACUCGCGCCUGGAGCCGCUCGUCCGGGACAACGGCCGCGGCUGUGCCCCGUGCCACGAGAGCUGCGGCGGGCACUGCUGGGGGCCGGGCCCCAACGACUGCCAGAAACUGACCAAGACCAUCUGCGCCCCGCAGUGCAACGGGCGCUGCUUCGGCCGCGCGCCCAACGAGUGCUGCCACGAGGAGUGCGCGGGCGGCUGCACCGGCCCCCUGCGCACCCACUGCUUCGCCUGCCGCCACUUCAACGACAGCGGUUCCUGCGUGCCGCUCUGCCCGCAGCCGCUCAUCUACAACAAGCUGACCUUCCAGCUGGAGCCCAACCCCGACACCAAGUACCAGUACGGGGGGGUCUGCGUGCGGGAGUGCCCCCACAACUUCGUGGUGGACCAGAGCUCGUGCGUGCGCGCCUGCCCCAACGACAAGAUGGAAGUGGAGAAGAACGGGCUGAAGAUCUGCGAGCCCUGCGCGGGGCUGUGCCCCAAGGCCUGCGAGGGCACCGGCGCCGGCAGCAAAUACCAAACCGUGGACUCCAGCAACAUCGACACCUUCAUCAACUGCACCAAGAUCCUGGGCAACCUCGACUUCCUCAUCACGGGCCUGGAGGGGGACCCCUGGCGCAACAUCUCGGCGCUGGACCCGGAGAAGCUGAACGUGUUCCGGACGGUGCGGGAGAUCACGGGGUACCUGAACAUCCAGUCCUGGCCCAAGCACAUGCACAACUUCAGCGUCUUCUCCAACCUCGAGACCAUCGGGGGACGGAGCCUCUACAACCGCGGUUUCUCGCUGCUGAUCAUGAAGAACGAGAACGUGACGUCUCUGGGGCUGCGCUCGCUGCGGGAGGUGAGCGCGGGCCGCGUGUACAUCACGGAGAACCGGCGGCUCUGCUUCCUGCACACCGUGCACUGGGCCGCGCUGCGCCGCAGCCGCGCCGACCUCGACAUCCGCAACAACCGGCCCCGCAGCAAGUGCCAACAAGAGGGCAAGGUGUGUGACCCGCUGUGCUCGGCCGAGGGCUGCUGGGGGCCCGGCCCGGCCCAGUGCCUGUCCUGCCGCCACUACAGCCGCAGGGGCGUCUGCGUGCCCACCUGCCGCUUCAGCCAGGGGGAGCCGCGGGAGUUCUCGCAGGGCGGCGAAUGUCACGAGUGCCACCCGGAGUGCCAACCCGUGGAGGGCGGUGCCACCUGUAACGGCUCGGGUGCCGACACCUGCACGCGCUGCGCCCACUAUCGCGACGGGCCGCACUGCGUGGGGCGAUGUCCCGACGGGGUCCUGGGCGAGCGCGGCCCCAUCUUCAAAUUCCCCGACGGCAGCCGCGAGUGCCGCCCCUGCCACGAGAACUGCAGCCGCGGAUGUGUGGGGCCGCUGCUGCGGGACUGCCUGGGGGACCCCCUGCCCGUGGCCAGGCGGACACCGACGCUGAUCGCGGUCAUGGUGGUCGGGGCCGUGUUCCUCUCGUGCUCGCUGGUGCUGCUGGCGCUGCUCUACUGGCGGGGCAAGAAGAUCCAGAAGAAACGGGCGAUGCGGCGCUACCUGGAGCGGGGCGAGAGCCUGGAGCCGCUGGACCCCAGUGAAAAAGCCAACAAGGUCCUGGCCCGGAUCUUCAAGGAGUCGGAGCUGAAGCGCCUCAAGGUGCUGGGCUCGGGCGUCUUCGGCACCGUGCACAAGGGGAUCUGGAUCCCGGACGGGGAUUCCAUCAAGAUCCCGGUCAGCAUCAAGGUGAUCCAGGGCUGGAGCGGGCAGCAAUCCUUCCACGCCGUCACCGACCACAUGCUGGCCAUCGGCAGCCUGGAGCACUCGUACAUCGUGCGGCUGCUGGGCAUCUGCCCGGGCCCGCAGCUGCAGCUGGUGACGCAGCUGCUGCCGCUGGGCUCGCUGCUGGACUACGUGCGCAAGAACCGCGGCAGCAUCGGGCCCCAGCUGCUGCUCAACUGGUGCGUGCAGGUGGCCAAGGGCAUGUACUACCUGGAGGAGCACCGCAUGGUGCACCGCAACCUGGCGGCGCGCAACGUGCUGCUGAAAUCGCCCAGCCAGGCGCAGGUGGCCGAUUUCGGCAUCGCCGACCUGCUCUACCCCGACGACAAGAAGUACUUCUACAACGAGCUCAAGACGCCCAUCAAGUGGAUGGCGCUGGAGAGUAUCCACUUCGGCAAGUACACGCACCAGAGCGACGUCUGGAGCUACGGGGUGACGCUGUGGGAGAUGAUGACCUUCGGGGCCGAGCCCUACUCGGGGAUCCGCCCAGCCGAGGUGCCGGACCUGCUGGAGAAGGGCGAGCGGCUCUCGCAGCCGCACAUCUGCACCAUCGACGUCUACAUGGUCAUGGUCAAAUGCUGGAUGAUCGAUGAGAACAUCCGUCCCACCUUCAAGGAGUUGGCCAACGAGUUCACCCGCAUGGCCCGCGACCCCCCGCGCUACCUGGUCAUCAAGGAGAGCGGGGCCGCGCCCCCCGGCGAGCCCCCCACCCUGAGCGAGAAGGAGCUGGAGGAGGUGGAGACGCUGGAGCUGGAGGAGGAGGAGGAGGAGGAGGAAGAGGAGGAGGAGGAGGAGGAGGAAGAGGAGCUGGACGCGGCCUUCGGCCUCGCCGCCCCCGGGCUGUGCCCGCAGCGGCCGCGGGGCAGCAGCUGCGGCCGGAGCCCGAGCCUGCUGAGCGCCCCCGCCGGGUACAUCCCCAUGAACCCGCCGGGCCUGGGCUGCCCCCGGCAGCCCGGGGGUUCGCGGCCGCCGCGGCGGGACCGGCAGGAGCCGCUGUCCCGGUCGGUGUCGGAGUCCUCCGAGGGUCGCGGCAGCGGUUCGGAGCUGGAACCGGGCCCGGGGGGGGCCCUGACCGGGAGCCUCGGCCGCGGCCGCCGCCGGCGGGGGCACGGCGGGGUCCGGUCCCGGCGGGAGAGCCUCCCCCCGGUGCCCCCGCCGCCCCCCGGCUCCCAGGGCGGCGAGGAGGACCCCAACGGAUACGUCACCCCCAACUGCGCCCUCCGCGACCCCGCCGCGGCAGCGGAGGAGGAGGAAGAGGAGGAGGAGGAGGAAGAAUACGAAUACAUGAACCGCCAACGGGGGGGAACCGGGGGACCCCCAAAACCCCGCCCGGCCUCGCUGGAAGAACUCGGCUACGAAUACAUGGAGGUGAGCCCGGAACCGGGGGGACCCCCGGGAGCGCCCCAAACCCGCGGCUACCGGCGGGAGGAUGAGGAGGGCGAUGAAGAAAACUACGAAUACAUGAACGAACAACCGCGGCUCAGCCGCUCGCUGCGCACCGGGGCCGUACCGGGAGCACCGGGACACGACGGCUACACCGAGAUGAGGGCGGCGGAGAGCCCCGGGAGCCCCGGGGAGGGCUACGAGGAGAUGGAGGCGGUGCCGCGGCCCCGCCGCUGCUCCGGUUGCCGCGGGACCCCCGGGAUGAAACCGCUGCGGAGUUUGGAGGCCUCGGACUGCGCCUUCGAUAAUCCCGAUUAUUGGCACAGCCGCCUCUUCGCCAAAAGCGAUGCCCGCCGGACGUAGGGGACCCCCAAACCGCCCCCUCAGCCCGAGACCCCUCCCCAAAUUCGGGGGGUUCGCAUCGGAUAUGAAGGAUCCCCCCCAGGUGGGGUUUGAGCGAUUUUUUGGCUUCUCCUCGCUUUGAUUUUUUAUUUUUUUGGGUGGGGAGGGGGCAGCGGAGACCCCCGGGAUCCCAUCAUUGAUUCCUCCCCGAGACCCCCAAACCCCCCCCUCAGCCCGAGACCCCUCCCCACAUUCGGGGGGUUCGCAUCGACUAUGAAGGAUCCCCCCCAGGUGGGGUUUGAGCAGCUUUUUGGCUUCUCCUCGCUUUGAUUUUUUAUUUUUUUGGGUUUUUUUAGGGGCGGGGGGUGAGACUCAGCCCGAGACCCCUCCCCAAAUUCGGGGGGUUCACAUCAGAUAUGAAGGAUCCCCCCAGGUGGGGUUUGAGUGAUUUUUUGGCCUCUCCUUGCUUUGAUUUCUUAUUUUUUGGGUUUUUUUUAGGGGUGGGGGUGAGACUCAGCCCGAGACCCCUCCCCAAAUUUGGGGGGUUCACAUCGACUAUGAAGGAUCCCCCCAGGUGGGGUUUGAGUGAUUUUUUGGCCUCUCCUCGCUUUGAUUUUUUAUUUUUUGGGGUUUUUUUAGGGGUGGGGGGUGAGACUGAGCACGCCCAGGUGGGGAGGGGGCAGCGGAGACCCCUCCCCCACCCCAGGAUCCCCCUCCCAUCUUUGUCUUCCUCCCCCCCCCCCCAUUCACUGAAGGUGCUCCCCAAAUUUCUGGGGGUCCCUGGGGGGGUCCCUGACCCCACCCGGGGGUGCCGGAUGGGAUUUCUGAAGGACCCCAGACCCAUUUUCAGGUUCCCCAUUCCCAGCUGAGUGAAGGUUUUGGGGUGUCCCCCUCCUCUGACGUCACGCGGGAUCCCUUUUUGGGGUGUCCCCUUCCUCUGACGUCACCCGGGAUCCCUUUUUGGGGUGUCCCCUUCCUCUGACGUCACCCGGGAUCCCUUUUUGGGGUGUCCCCCUCCUCUGACGUCACUCGGGAUCCCUUUUUGGGGUGUCCCCCUCCCAUGACGUCACCCGGGAUCCCUUUUUGGGGUGUUUCUCCCGGUUUUUCGGGGGUUUCCCGGUUUUUUUUUGGGGGGGGGGACCCCGUUCGGGGCUCGCCCCCGGUCCCGGGGGGGUCGCGCGUGAUGGAAAUAAAUGAAAAGAAAAGAA